CAGUCAUGCGAUGAGAGAAGCGCUUUUCUGAAACGAAUAUAUAUAAAUAUUUAUUACAUUUGAAUAUAAUAUCGGUGGGUGUGUAUAAUGUACAAAAUUUUAAAAUAGAUGGUGAUUUAUAAGUAAAAACUAAAUUGAACGUUAGUGAGUGCUUUAAAUAAGUGUAGAUAGAGUUGAAAAAGUGCAAAAAAUAUGUACUUACGUGCGUUUUGUGUUGUCGUUAUGUUUGGAAUGAUUUGUCCACAAGAUGAAACUGAUAUUAUAGAAUCCACCACGAUAGAUCCAACGCCAGAGAUAUGCAAGGUUUGCGAAUGCGCAGACGGUAUGCUGGACUGCACCAACAGACAACUGACGCAGUCCUUCACGCUGGAGGAAUGGAAUCAAUUAAAAAGCCUAAACAUAAAAGAAGUGAACUUGAGCGGGAAUUCCAUAGAAAUGCUCACAGUCAUCGCUGAACUGCCCAUUGAGAAACUGAACGUAUCUCAGAACAGGUUGGAAAUGAUAGACGAUUGGUGCUUUAAGUAUCUGGAGAAUUUGUCCACCUUGGACUUGAGUCGGAACGAAUUGGAAGAUUUGAACAAGAGAGCGUUUUGGGGCCUUUUACUCCCAGACUCAAAGAUUCGGCCAUUAUCAAAGAUGAGAUAUCUGAGCUUGGCACACAACGAUCUACAUGUGAUUCCGAAGGACGCAUUCGCAUUUAUGCACAAUUUAAGGUAUCUGGAUCUAAGCAGAAAUCCACUGGGGAUUUUAGAUCAAGUCGCUACGGGGACACUCACCGAACUGCCUUUUUUAAGGGAAUUAGUGCUAAGCGGUUGUGGCCUAGAGACUCUGCCCGACGGACUUUUCCGUUCGCUGCGUAGAUUGGAACGUUUGGACAUAAGCAGCAACAAGUUUACCACAAUACCGGCCGCCCUCAACAGCGCUAUCACCAUCAACUACCUCAACUUCGACAAAAACCCCAUCACCAAUCUGACCGAGAAAACAUCAUUGUCGACGCUCAUCAGGCUGAGGGAACUUAGGUUAUGUAACACGAGACUUCAGACCAUAGGCCCCGGAGCCCUAGGCGGUCUAGCUAGCCUGGAGACGCUGUACAUCUGCAACAAUCCCAGGUUGACUACCAUAGACGAGGAGUUUCUGAACUGGAAGGACGAUGAUGGUACAGACCUAUGGCCAGCUCUGAAACGGCUAUACCUCCACAACAACAACGUAUCUGAAAUCGACCCUGACUUCCUGUUCCGGUGGGAUCAAAUCACUGAUGCUUCCUUCCAUGACAAUCCUUACGUGUGCGACUGCAAGAACCAAUGGAUGGUGGAUGUUCUCGUGCCCCUGAUCACCAAAAUCAACGGUUCAGCAGCUGAUAUGAUAUGCACGAAACCCCAGGAGAUUAGAGGCAUGUCGUUCUAUCAGCUCUUUGAAAACUCCAAGACCUUGGAAUGCCCGCAGGCUGCCGAGACUGCGGUGUUGCCAGGAUCGGAAACUGCCAUUGUCCUUGGUGUCAUAAUUGGCGUCUUCGCUGCGUUCCCAUUGGUCUUCGUAAUAGUCCUGCUUUGGAGGAGAGGAUACUUCGCAAAAUGUCGCAAGAAAAUGUCCUCCGAUCAAGAUUCUGAUGAGGAGCACGCCGCACUUUAAAAUCUCACUUACUAUCAUAUACAUAAAGAACAAAAUCAAAUAACUCAGAAUGCAAAUGCAAGCCAAUUCACCGGUAAACACAAAAGUUUGCGCAACAAGCAAGAUGCAACAUUAUGUGAGUGACUGACGUCAAUUCCUGAGUCGCGAUUGCACUGACAGCAACCUCUGACUAUAAUGGCGCUAAUACCAUAGAGGUAUAAGAAUAGAGUAGGGGAGAUAUACAC